AAAAGAAUGUCAUGAUCUUUAAACCCUACUAUGUUUGUACAAAUUAAUCACGAACACAUCAUAUCAUAUCUUCCCGUGAUAUCCUUUCUAGAUGCCAAUAUCAUGAAUCAAGAUUCUUUUCUUCUAUUUAUAUAGUUGGAUAAGUGAUUUUGGUCAUAAAAAUAUUAUCUUUUUUCAAAUCGUAAAAAAGAAUAUCCACCCAAUCAUUUAUUCUUAGGUUUGCAUCCAUUUUUGCCAAAACCCCACCUCCCACCGCACAUAUAUCAUCAUCAUUAUUUGCCUUUGUGCCAAACCUAACAUUUCCUUUUCUUUUCUCUCUUUGGGUUGCUUUUUAGGUGUUGGGUAUUUGUGGGUCAUUCUUACUUCUUUCUUUUGCAAAAGAAGUUGAACCAAAAUGGGGAGAAAAUGCUCACAUUGUGGAAACAUAGGCCACAAUUCAAGAACUUGCACUAGUUAUAAUAGAGGCAAUGUCAAUAGCACAAUCUUGAUAGGUGGUGGUGGAGGGGGAUUGAGGCUCUUUGGGGUUCAACUAGACACACCACACUCUAUGGUGAUUAAGAAAUGCCUUAGCAUGGAUUGUUUGCCUUCUUCAUCACCACUACAAGCUUCAACUUCACAUUCACCUUCAUCUUCCUUAUCUUCUUCUCGGGUGUCUGUUAGUGACCUCAAGAGUAUGUCAGUUGGUUAUCUUUCAGACGGUCUUAGAGCUCAAGAACGGAAAAAAGGGCUUCCUUGGUCAGAAGACGAACACCGUUUAUUCUUAACCGGUCUUGAAAAGCUUGGUAAAGGUGAUUGGAGAGGGAUUUCAAGAAACUAUGUGACCACAAGAACACCUACACAAGUUGCAAGUCAUGCCCAAAAGUACUUUCUAAGGCAAGCUAGUCUUGUCAAGAAGAAACGUCGCUCGAGCCUCUUUGAUUUGGUUAGGGGCAACAGCAACAAGAAUGUAGUAGCAAAUCAAGAAAAUAGUUACAACAUGAGUCGCACAAACUCCUUUGAUGAAGAUCAUCAAGAUCGGAGUAACAAUCUUUCUUUGAUAGAUUUCAGUUCACUAAAACAAGAAAAUGUCUACUACAAUCCAACAGUGAAAUCUUAUGAAACAACAUCAAUGUGUUCACAUGUGCAUACUUCUCCAUGUGGUACUGUUGGCUCUAAAAGUGGUACUCUUGAUUUAGAACUUACACUUGCUGCUCCAAAGCCAGUGGAAAAUAACAAUUCAUCUACUACUACUUCACUCCAAAUUGGGCCCAUUAUCAGUGUAAUUUAAUUUGAGUUUAAAUUAACCUUUUUUGUAUGCUAAAAAAUCUAAUUAUUAAAUAUUGUAGAUAUAUAAAUAUAUAUAUAUAUAUAUUUUUAAAAUUUUGAGACCUUCGACAACCUGGCCCGGUUAGAAUAAGAUAUUUUUGUAACUACAAAUAUACAUAUAUAUGUAUAUAUAUUACCCUAUUAAAUAUUAAAUUAAGGUUUAAUUCGCGUGAGCAGAAAUUCUCUUUGUAUCAUCGGUAUUCAAUAUUUGUAAUAUUUUCAAUGGACGAUUUGUUAGACCAUUUGUUCGGAUAAACUACAAGUUUAUAACAUGAUUGAUGAAUGGGGCAGGGGCAUGACAAAAGAGAUCCGAUUGAGAUAAUAAUAAAUAUGCAAUCCAACCCUAUAAAACUAUAAAUUCUUGCGAUUUUUCCUCCGACCAUUGAUAUAAUGUUAUUAUUGAUCAAAACAAAUUAUGGAAAAUCCCCGUUUCAUUUUGUGUUGUAUGAAAAACAUAUCUACUCUAAUAAAUGAAGAUUUUUUCUCGAUCA